AUGGCUAAGCAAGUUGAGCAAGAAAUCGACACUCCUCACCAGUCUGAAUUCAAAGAUGUCGAAGGUCGACAACAUGAGUUGGAGGACGUGUCUUUGUUGGACGGCUCGGACCCGAGAAUCAAGGAGAUCAAGAGGAAAACAGAUAUUAGAAUUUGCGGUCUCUUGGGGGUUCUCUACGCAAUGGCUGCGAUUGAUCGUGUCAACCUAGGCACACUGCUCAUUCUCAUCUUCUUUCCAUUCUACAUUGUCUUCCAACCUCCAAUGAUCGCAAUUGCGAGAAAGAUUCGCCCUCGAAGAUUUAUCACAUUCAUUGUCGUCGCCUGGGGACUGGUGACGGUUGGACACGGUCUAGUGAAAACCUGGCGCCAAAUGCUCGCACUCCGUGCUCUUUUAGGCAUCCUCGAGGCUGGGUAUUUCUCCACCUCAGCAUAUCUUGUCAGCACUUGGUAUAUCAGAAGGGAGGUCGCGAAGCGGAAUUCAUCGUUCUACCUGCUCGGUAGCAUGCUGGGGGGCUUCGGUGGUAUCCUAGCAUAUGGUUUACAGCAGAUGAACGGCGUCGCCGGACACGCGGGCUGGAGAUGGAUUUUCAUAAUGGAGGGAGUUAUAACGAUCAUCCUUGGACUGCCGGCCUAUGUGAUCCUUGUCGACUUUCCGGAGGAGGCACCUAAGUCGUGGAAAUUCAUCAAUGAGGAACAGGCUCAACUUGUGAUCGCCAGAAUCAACCUAGAUCGCCGCGAUGUCAUCACACCACCCUUCAAUAUGCGACAUUACCUCAGUCAUGCCAAAGAUUGGAAGAUCUGGUUCUUUGCUGCCAAUUUCAUGUUGACGAGUGUAGUCAAUUAUGCAGUGGCGUAUUUCUUGCCAAUCGUGCUUCGGAACGAGCUCAAAUUUUCCGUGGCGGCUGCUCAGUGUCUGAACGCUCCGUGCUAUGUCUUCGCCAUCAUUCUUGGCGUGACUGAGAGCUAUUUCUCCGAUAAGUGGAACCUGAGAGCUCCAUUCUUUCUUCUCAAUUGCGGCCUUGAGAUUCUGGGUGUCUGCGUCCUGGGUUUUGCCAAACCAAGUGGUGUUAGAUAUUUUGGCGCCUUCUUUAUCGUCGGUCCGGCCUUCUCGAACAUCCCAUUCUCCCUUACCUAUCAGGCCAAUAAUAUCCUGGGCCAGUGGAAGCGUGCUUUCUGCUCGGCCACCAUUGUGGGAGCAGGAGGUAUUGGGGGUAUUAUUGGGUCUUUGGUUUUCAGAUCCCAAGAUGCUCCGUCUUACCGCCCUGGUCUCUAUGCUUGCCUUACUGCUGUUGGACUUUGCAUCAUUUCCAUGUGCACGACAAGUGCAUACUUUAUCUCUGAGAACAAAAAGGCCGACAGAGGGGAGAAGAUUAUUGAAGGCGACCCACAGUUUCGAUACACCUAUUGA